ACAAAAUACUAAACAUUUUAUUUUACAUUCCAUAUAAAUAUAUAUAAUGGCUCCCAAAAAAACUGAUUUUGAUUUAACUGAUAGAGGCUGGGUUGAUUUAUAUGUUAAAAAAUGUGAAAACAUAAUGAAAGAGUUCACCGACUAUGUUUAUGCUUUACAAAAUCACUGUUUGAAAGAACGCAGUAAGGUUGAAGAACUUGAUAAAAACUGUAAGAAGCUACAAACAAAAUUAGUUGAAGAGAAACAAAUGCAACAAACAAAAUCUGAAAAGAGAUGUACAUUAUAUACACCUCUGGAUCGGAGUCCUAUAAAUACUGAUAUAUUGGGUAUUACCACAAUGACCACACCUACCAAAGGUGAGGCAGAUCGAACCACAAUAAGCGACGGUUCUCCCGCAUUUCUGAACAUGGCUAUGGAUAGCGAACAACUAAAUAUGGAAUCUUGCGUUUUAAGUCCCGCACAACAUCUUCAGGAAAUAUUACCGGCAUCCGAGCAGUUAAGCAGUCCGAAUCGUUUUUCAAUUGGCAUUGACAGUGUUUUACAGCACAACACAUCGCCGACAUGCAAACCAAGAAACAACAAUGAAAACCAAAGUGCAUUAGGUUUUUUAAAAGCGCGCGGUCGUGUUGGUAAAUCUUUGUAUAACGAACCUUAUAAGCAUAAACUAAGAGAACAAAAUCCAGCAGCGAAUGAAAAUGAUAACAAACUGUUGAAAUCAAAAGCCAAGUUGCAUUCAAAACAAUCGGAUUGGUUGGAAAAGGACAAAAAAAGUGAGGAGCGAAAAGCUGGUUUAAAACGAAGCGCUAGUAAUAUGGAAGAGGUAUUGCGAAAACGUAGUCUGAUGUCACUGAACAAAAGUGGCGAAAGAAAAUUAAAACAAUCACGGUUAACACAAAUGGUCUCUAUGAAAACAAAUAAAGUACAAAAUGGCAGCAUAUCUACUUCUCCAGAAGAUGUAGGUGAUGCACAAAAAUUUGCAUUUUCACCAACUUCCUCUCUUGUCUCGACCACCAGAACGCAAAAAACGCCAGCUUUUCAAACAUUUUCCAAUGAUACUGACGAUAUUUUCCAAUUUAGCAGCGAAGAUGACGAUGAGCAACAUGUAAAAAAACCAAACGAUAACAGUGUAAUAAAACAAAAUGUAAAGAAAAGUAAUGACACAACAGUUUUUCAACCAUUGCCGAAAGAAACAGAAAAAUCUGAUAGUAUUUUGGCUAUAACUCCAACAGCACCACCAUUAAUUUGUUUAGAUGAUUCGGAUGAUAACGAACAUGUAACAGAAACUAGGUCGAACUUUGGAAAGAAGAUGAAGACUCAACAAGCAGGGGAAAGCCAUCUAAAAAAGUCAAUUGUCAUUGUUAAAAAAGAAAAAACAGGUAGUGAAAAUUUAGCCACCGAGUUGGCGGCGGCGAUGUUAGCCGAAUGGGAAGAGGAGCCAGAACAUCACACUGUAAAAUCAGAAACGAAACCAAAAGCUAAAGCAGAAGAUAUGAAACCACGUCUUUCACAACUACCUGAAGCGAAAUUUUCAAUCAAAGAACGUUUCAAUAUCGAUUGUGAUGAAUGUCAAAAAUAUAUCGACUUUAUGGGAAGCAAUAUGAGUUUGUCGGAAAUUGAGGCGCACUUGCGUCGUUGUACCCGUCACCGCACUGCGAAAGAUGACAUACCAACUACGCCGCCAAAUUACUGGAAUCCUUUGAUGCCAUCGUUUUCCGAAAAUGAUCCACGUAACAAAACCCUUUUAGAAGAUCCGUUUAUACAACGAAAGCAACGGUAGCAAUAAAUCGUAGAAAUUUAAGGCACUUAGGUAGUUUUAAUAUUAUUAUUGUAUUGUUAAUGACUUAAAAUAUACGUUUUUUACUAAGUUUGUAAUUAAA